CAGUAGAAACGAAAAAAAAUGUAAAGUAGAAAUAAUAUUGUGGAAAUUAAAAGUAACGAAGCGAAUCAAAAACAUUUUCUAAUCAUAAUGUUGACAGACUUGAUGCAGGUAUGUACCAUGUGAUAUUCCCAAAGUCCCUGUACUAAUUUUGCAGAAUAAAGAUUUGUGGUGGUGGAAUUGUUGUAUUUAAACCCUGGAAUGGUUCACCUACCUUAGUUUACUAUUAUAGCAAUGAGAAGUCUAGUGGUUUUGUAUUUGUCGAUUUUUUGCCUAUUAGGAGUUAUAUGCAGGGGCGCCGACCGUAAUGUGGUAAUGUUACUUAAGAAGAAUGACGUCAAGGUUCCAUUUUGGGUCAGCCGGGGCAGACGGAAUUGUUUGCAGGGUGUCGGUUGUCACGAACAAGGGUGGCUUAAUAUUGGCUCGUGUGCAACAACUUCCUGCUUUAAAAGGGCAGUUGCAGUUACCCAAGACGAGCUUGGACCGUUUUGGGCAAACAGGGGCAAAAAAGAUAAGAUCUACCGCCAAGAGCCUCUCUAUGUUCAAGAACCAAAAUGGAUUGUCACAGCAAAGGACUACGAUACCGACACAGAUUAUAUGAAUCAACUGUUUUUUAUAACAAGAGGAAAGAAAGUUGAAGCAUUUUCAAAGAAAGAUGAAAGUCAUACUGCUAUUCCAAACGAUAUGAGAGACCGUAGAUAUGUAAAUGAUGACGAUGAUGCACCAUUUCAGGCAGCUAGAGGAAAGAAAACGAAAAAUCAACUCAAAUUUAUUUAGUUUAAUGAACAUAACAAAA